GUCGAUUGUUCAGUCUAUUGAGUAUGCGGAGUAAAUGGAGAGAGAGCGAAAAGGGGGGAGGCCACAGAGAGAUAUGUGGAGACAAAGUAUAGAAAAAAGGGCGAGAGAAAAGGGCGUGUAUAUCUGCAGCCUUCAAGCCUUAAUUGGGGGGUAUGUACUCCAACACGCCAAGUUUGAAAAGAAGGUGAAGAAAAGCGGGUGUGUGGUGGGAGGAAGCGAAAAGGGGAUGUUGGGUGCCAGAACAAGGUGGUUUGUUUCUGGUGUCAGAAGUGAUAACGACAAAGCCGGGACCAACAAAUAUAAAUGGGUGUAAUAUGAAAAGGCUCUUUAAUAAGUAAGAAAUAACGGGCAGUGGUGUCAAAUAAAAAUAAUACGAAAUGGGCGAAGGGCGAGCUAAAGCGGUCCUUUUGUUUUUUAGAGCCCAGACAAGCGGGAGAGAAGGUGUGAGAAAAAUAGCGAGGAAUAGCUGUGUAAGAAUGGAAGCAGAGAAGCGAGAAAAAAGAUUUUGGAUGG